CGCAUUCAUCCCGAAUCACUUCACGAGACGAUCGCAAUGGCAGCAACGCACGCCCUCCUCUCCAUCCCCCCCGACCUCCGCCCCCACCUCUGGUGCAAAGCCGGCCUCAACUACCCCCCCCUCCCCCACCUCUCUCCCCUCACCGCCGCCCAAAUGCUCUCGCAAGCCCCAACCCUAAUACGCGACGCAACCUUCCAAUGGAACUGGAUCGAUCGCCCCAAACCCGGAUCAGGCUACCUAGUCUGGAUGCCACAAAUGCAGGAGCGAGUCCCGCCGAGUGAUGGAAUGCAGUGGUUGGGACCCGAGGUAUUGCAUGUGCAGGAGUUUGGGGGCGUGGAGGGUUUGGGGCAGGGUACCGUAUUGGAGUUUUACGAGAGUAAGUAUGGAUGGGAUCCAACUGAUCCGUCUGCCGCACCCGACGGCGCAACAACUACCACCCGCCGCCGGUAUCGGUUGGUGCGGGGUGGGAAUGAGCAGUUGUGGUUCAUACAUUAUGCGGCUGCUGCUGAGGAACGCGUUCUUGCUGAUAUACAAUCAUCGCGACCACUCCCGCCACGACGAUACCCACUCCCGAAUCUCGCACAAAGCCCACUGUUCCACCUCCACUCCGAGCCCGGUGCCGUGCCCGCAGCGCUAGCGAUGGGCCCACCACCAUCCCAGCAGCAGCCGCGAAAGAGGCAAAGACUCGACCCCCGCCAAGGAGGGCCGCGUGAAUGGCAAGCGAUGCAGGAAGACCUGAGCGAAGACGUAGAAGGCGACGACCUCGACACCCUCGAUCCCGUCGUCGUGGCACAAGCCCGCUACAUCCGCCGUCACGAAUGGAUGGAAGAAAUCUUCGGCUCCGUCUACCCCACCUCCCAAAUCCUCCGUCCCACGCCCACGCUCUCCGGAACCGACGAAGAAAAGGCAGCGCAAACACUGGCGGAGAAAAUCGCCGCGUUGCAGAGAGAGGUGGAGGAGAUGAAGGAGGCACAUGCGAAGACGUUGGAGACAUUUACGGGGAGUACGGAAAACUAUGCCGCCGCCACGAAAGCUCUGUCAUCUGUCAAGAAUUUGAACGACAUCGCCACCAUCCAAGCUGAGGUAGAGGGGAAGAUGGGGGUGCGGACGAUGGAGAGGCCGAAGGUUAGGGCGGUGUAUGUUGAGGUCAAGGCGACUGCUGCACCGCCCCCGCCGAGGGACGAACAACGGGUGAGUGAGGAGCCGACGGAGUCGCAGUUGGGGGUUGAGCCGGUGGUGGGGGAUGUUGGGAUGAAUGUUAUGGAGGAGGAUAUACUGAUGAGGGUUUAGUGAUAGGGAUAGCUAGUUGAAAGGCGUAUAAGUGCUUUUUUGGGUGUUUUGGUAUGACAUAUCGUACUGUCCUCAGUUGUAUUGAAGACUGACUCCAUUCCCAUACUCCUUCAACCGAUUGCGGACUGCGCGACGACGACUUUCAGAUAAGGUUCAUUCGAAUAUAUCCUACACCCACUUCUAUGCCUGCGCCUCCACAGCUCCCUCGUUCUUUAGCUUGAGCCACUCCUUGGGGAACUGC